AUGACAUUCUCUGUGGCCACCUUCGUCUCCUGGGCCGCUGCUGUCGCUGCAUUCGGCGCGCACAACCCGCCGCCCAAGGGCGAGGUCACCAAAACCGACAACUUUGUCUGGGCCGAUCCCUUCCACGACCACCGCCUCGCCAAUAAGCUGACGGCUGCAUGCACCGUAGAGAAGUCGUUUCGCGCGAGCGAGUUUUUGCUGCACGACCUCUAUGAGCAUCCGCCCAAGGGCCUGUGGAACUACGGCGACGCCCUCAAGACGUUUUUUAGUGGCCGGCCCUACCCGGGCGGCUGGGACGGACUGGACCCGCACAUGUACGACCGCCCGCUGCUGCAGAUGGACUAUGCCGACGUGCCGGUCAUUGUGCGGGAAUGGAUCGAGGCAGGCGAGCGGUACGAGAAGGGAGGCGGCGACGGAGACAAAGACCGAGACGACGACGACGAAGACGACGACGAGGAAGGCAAGGCCUUGGCGGGCCGCAAGAACCUGUUUGCCGUGUUUGAGCGCGCCGAGGGCCAGACGAAGAUCACCAAGACCGUCGCGCCGCCCAAGACGGCCGCCAAAGCGGCCAUGUUGCGGCCGCUCGACGCCAAGCGCAUCGUGGUUUUUGCGCCCGGGGCGCUGUACAGCAUCCUGCCGCUGUGGGUCGCGACCGAUGCGGCGGCCGACGACGCCUGCCGGAAGCAGCUGCUCAACCUCGACCUCUACAGCCCCAAGCCCAAGGACGGCGGCGUCAUUGCGUGGACGACGCAGCACACGGCGCCGGACCGCGACAAGAUCCACCGCAACAUGACCUUUACCAUCAAGGCGCAGACGUUGCAGGCCGCGGGUGCGGCGUCGUUUGGUGGAAAGGAGGAGUUGUAA